CGCACAUUGCCUCUCGUGAUGUUUGUGCACAUACCUGUCUGCUUCUGUCUCUUUAUGACAGACGCGAUACACAGUCUUCUGUUUUCUAUAGACAACUAACAUGUACCGCGCUGUAUGACUACUCACUCUAUCGGGGUACGUAGAGCCUAUAAAUUGAGAAUCCACGCCGAGAGAACGAUCUAAACAUGUCCAAAUCCAGGUGCUCCGAAUACCUCCUGCUCCUAACUACCUGUGUGGUGCUGGUGUUAGCCGUGCAGGCCAGGUCCCCGCCACGACGACAUCUGUGCUGGAAUUACCGAUGUAGACCUGGCUACGUGUGCAAGGUGAUCCAGCCCAAGUGUAUUCGAGCGCCGUGUCCAGACGCCAGGCCAGUGUGUGUCAAACGUGAAACCCCACUAGAGAAGUGUCCGCCGCCCAAACGAGGCGUGUUCGGCCCGUGCGUCGUGCGUUGUCGGGGGGACCACGAGUGCGGACCCUCUCAACGGUGCUGUGGUAGCUGCCCUCGCAAAUGCACUAACGUUGCGAGCGUCAAAAAAGGGCAGUGUCCCAUCUACCCCAGCUUGGGGCGGUCCCGGCGGCGGUGUGGACGGCCCUGUAAGCGAGACAGCGACUGUUUCGGGGUGAGGAAGUGCUGCAAGGCCGGGCGGUGCGGCAAGAUGUGCAUGAUGCCCAGGAUAUACCACUGGUUCUACCACAUGUUCCAGGAUUAGACCCGGCCACGGUCGGCUGUCCGCGGGAAACAGAUACACGGGGCGAACAGCUCGUGCGUCUGGGAAGACUUAUGUAUGCUAAACAGACUUUUACAGAAAACAAAAUGGUGUCUUUUGUUCAAUGCAGCGGUUUUCAAUGAAUAACCACGCAUUCAUGAAAAAAGCAAAGUGGAUAUUUGCAAACAAGCCAUCUUAUGGUAAUAAAUGCAUAUUAUUAUUA